AUGGUUGCCUCGGCUGAGCCGAAGCAACAAUGUGAAUAUAAUGCUGCAUCUUCAAAAAGAAGUUCAAAUGAAAUAAAAGAAGUGUAUAACGUUGUUCUUUUAAGUCAAUCGGUUAAAGAUAAUCAACUGGAUUGGUUAAAAAAUUGUUACAAUAGAACUGCUGGAAGUUCAACAAAAAGCAUUUAUGAUAUUAAAAAUAAAAAUUUCGUAAAGGAUGUGUCUGUUAAUGGUUUUAGCGCUUACUCUGCCUGGUUUACUGCGGAUUUUGCUAACAAUGUAGUAAAGAAGAAAGAUGGUGUCACUGUCGUAGAAAAAGAUGGUACUAUGAAAGUUAAUUACGUGGUUCCACGUAAAAAAUCUACGGUUUUUGCUGUAAGAGUUCUUGGAGAUGAUGGUUCUGGUAAUAAUGCAGAUGUUAUAUCUGGACUGACGUUCGUUCUAAGCCAGCAUGCUAAAUCAAAAACUAAAAAUACCUCAUUGGGUAUUAAAUCUGACACAGAUACUGCUGUACUUUCGGGAACCUCUCAAGCAAUACCACAUGUUGCUGGUACAAUAGCUCUUAUUAUUGCUAAAAACGGUAAUCAAAGUCCAGCAAAGAUGGCCACUACAUUGAAAGAUUUGUCAUCUAAAAAUGCAUUGAAUAUUGAUGCUAAUGCUAAAG